AUGCGCGGAUAUAUCCCCCUUCUACUGGCUCUUUCUGCCUCUUUCACAACCGCUGCUGCUCUCCCCAAGCCCAGAAUUCAACUUCGCGAUAAUGCAAGCAGACCUGCAUACUCAGUUGUCCCUCUGGAGCCUGGUAACGAUGAUCCCUCCUCAGAUGGCGGAGAUGGAAAUGGCGGCAGUGGUAGUGGCAGCGGGAAUGGGAGCGGUAGCGGAGAUGACAAUGGAGAUGAUGUCGUGACAGUCAUUCAAACAGUGGUUCAGACACAAAAGCCCGUCACUCAGGUCAUCACGCAAACAGAGAAGCCAAGCAUCAUUACAGUGCCUGGAAAGACUGUCACCAAGGCUGUUCCCACUACCGUCUCCAUCAUCAACCUGGAUGAUCAAUCAGUCGUUACCCAGACAGUCACUGUUUCUCACACCAGUGCGUCCGCGUCCAAGAAGUCGGAAGAGCCGACAGCCACAGAGGAGCCAGAAACUGCCGAAAGUGAAGUGGUGACGACAGCUCAAGAACCAUCCGAUUCUUUGACUUCUGCUACUGCCCCAGGCGUGACCUCCCAGCCUCAGCCCAAUCCCCAACCACAGCCUCAGCCAGAGCCAGAGCCAUCUACCAUCGUCGAACCUGUUCCGAACAUCGAAACAUCAGCAACAUCUGAGACCCAAUCUGUCGUUAUUGAAACCGUCACCGUAACUCUGACUUCUUCAUCAAGCGAAAGCUGGUCGGCGACUCAAGUCCCAGAGAGCACUGCAGCUCCUUCAUUGGAUUCCGCAGUGGCACCCAUUCCACCGCAAGAGACCUUUGUUCCCGACCCUGCUAGUAACCAGGGCGAAGAAUCCUGGUCUUCCGCCACGGUACCUUACAAACCCCCAGUCGUGCCCACGACUCUUCUUACAUCUCGUAUCACUACCACCACUACCUCAGCCUACCAACACAUCACCCCUGAGCCAACCUCUUCUUCAAAGACACAUGAUAAUGGAGCGUGGCACACUACUUACCCGGCCUGGAGCGACAAUGAUUUGGCAAUGUGA